CUUUCUACCAUUACAAUCUUUUUGAAUCUAACUAUCUUUCUUACACCCCCUGCGUGGUUACUGACGUCCUGAAAGACGGCGGGUUUCACAGCACGGCUGCGGAUCUCCACGCUCCAAGACAAUAAAGAACCUCCAGAAACACCUGGAUCCAGGUUCUGUGUAACAUUUUCUGAGUUUGGGGAAAAGUCUACAAAAGGCAGAGCACAGCCCCACUCAUGGAAGCUGUCCUGAAUUUUGCAGGGGACAAUGACAUGUCCUAUGAGGAUGCUGAGUCACCUCCAGCCUCACCAAUCAGCAUGAAUGUACCUGAACGUACAGGGAGCUAUGACUUGGAGCAGAAGAGACAAGAGCAGCAGGAGGGGCAACCUCAGGAGAGCUACAUUAUCAGCAAACACCCAGAGGCUGCCUGGAACACCAACACCAAUGCCACCACCAGAGGUGAUGCUCAGUCAUACGUGGAGCUGAACGAGCUGUUGGGGGACAAAUGGCAGGAGACCGGUCGCUGGGUGGGGUAUGAGGAAACGUUCAAUCCAACCACUGAGAAAUGGGGGUCCUCACACAUUUCCUGUCUUACCUUCAGAAGCCUUCUUCAGCUCCGCAGGAUCAUGAGCACAGCGGCAGUGUUGUUGGACUUGGAGGAAAAUGACUUCACUACCAUUGCUGGGAAGAUCGUAGAAGAACUUCUUUCAAAAAAUGAGAUUCAGGUCACAGAUCAGGACAUUUUGAUGAGGGCACUGUUAGAAAAGCGCAGCCAAGUUGAGAGCGUUGAGGUUACCUCAGCAGGCAUUAAGAUGCAGACCUUCUCUGUCACCAAACAGAGAGACACGUCUGAUAACAUAGAGGCAUCUAUCGUGUUAUCAGGUGUGGUGGACUCUCUACAGAAGCCGGUCGUGGCAUUUGUGCGACUACGCGAUUCUGUGGUGAUGGAGGGGAUUAUGGAGGCUUCUGUGCCUGUGCGCUUUAUAUUCGCCCUUGUGGGCCCUGCUGAGAGUGGUAUAGAUUUCCAUGAGAGUGGCAGAGCAAUGGGUACUCUCAUGGCUGAUUGGGUCUUUAGCUUGGAGGCCUAUCUUGCUGAAAGUGAAAAAGAGUUGACCAAUGCCAUAGCUGACUUCAUGGACUGCAGUGUUGUGAUCCCACCCACUGAGAUCCAGACUGAGACCAUGCUCCAGCCAAUCAUUCGCUUCCAAAAGAAGAUGCUACGUGACAGAGUUCGCACUUCUGAUAACCGAAUUCUAUUUGGACCAAAAGAUGAAGAGUAUGAACAACCACUGGAGGAUCCAUUGGCUAGAACUGGAUAUCCGUUUGGUGGACUGGUCAAGGACAUCAAACGUCGAUAUCGUCAUUGCCUGAGUGACUUCCUCGAUGCUAUCAAUCUUCAGGUGUUUUCUGCCAUUAUUUUCAUCUAUUUUGCGGCACUAUCUCCUGCCAUCACCUUUGGAGGACUUUUGUCGGAGAAGACAAACAAAUGGAUGGGAGUGCCAGAGCUGAUGAUUUCUACGAGCAUACAGGGAGUUAUUUUCUGCAUGUUCUCUGCCCAACCUGUGCUGGUCAUUGGCUUCAGUGGACCACUGCUGGUGUUUGAAGAGUCAUUCUUUCAAUUCUGUGAAAAGAUGGGCAUUGAGUACAUUGUGGGUCGUGUGUGGAUUGGAAUAUGGUUGAUCAUCAUUGUGUUAAUUGUGGUAGCGGCUGAGGCUAGUUUUCUCGUCCGCUUCAUCUCUCGUUUUACCCAAGAGAUCUUCUCCAUCCUCAUCUCCCUCAUUUUCAUCUAUGAAACCUUUGUCAAUCUUAUCAAGGUUUUUGAAAGUUACCCUUUAACUUCGAAUGUCAGUCCAAAUGCAACUCUGAAUGGCAGCUCAAGUAACGGAACUACAGUUGCCGUCCCUGGGGAAGAUCAGAAACAUUAUCCAUAUUAUAACACUGCCCUGCUUUCAAUGUGUCUGAUGUUCGGCUGCUUCUUCAUCGCCUAUUUCCUCCGUCAAUUCAAAAACAGCAUCUUCUUUCCAGGCCCUCUUCGCCGCAUGAUUGGAGAUUUCGGCGUGCCCAUCGCCCUUUUGAUUAUGGUUGGAGUUGAUGCCCUUAUUAAGGAUGUUCACACAGAGAAACUGGUUGUCCCAAAGGGGCUGAGUGUGACCAACCCUAACAGAACCUGGAUCAUCCAACCACUGGGAAAGAAUGGAGAUUUUCCCAUUUGGCUCAUGUUUGCCAGUGCCAUUCCAGCUUUACUGGUUUUCAUUCUCAUCUUCCUUGAGUCCCAGAUUACCACGCUGAUUAUAAGUAAACCAGAGAGGAAGAUGGUGAAGGGCUCUGGCUUCCAUUUGGAUUUGCUUCUCAUUGUGGCAAUGGGUGGAAUUGCAGCAUUUUUUGGUUCACCCUGGCUUAGUGCUACCACAGUGCGAUCUGUCACUCAUGCAAAUGCCCUCACCGUCAUGUCCAAAGGCCCUAAACCAGAGAUUAGUAAAGUCCUGGAGCAGAGGAUUAGUGGGAUUGUAGUGGCUGCUUUAGUUGGUGGAUCCAUCUUUAUGGGGCCCGUCCUGUCAUUGAUUCCCAUGUCAGCUCUGUUCGGCGUCUUUCUCUACAUGGGUGUCACCUCUCUAAGUGGUGUUCAGCUAUGGGAGCGCGUACAGCUGAUGUUCGUGCCCAAAAAAUACCACCCGUCUCUUCCCUACGCCACUCAAGUACGAACCUGGCGAAUGAAUCUCUUCACCUUUAUCCAGCUUGUGUGUUUGGGCGUCCUGUGGGCAGUUAAAUCAACCGCCGCUUCCCUGGCCCUGCCAUUUAUCCUCAUUCUUACCGUUCCUCUGCGUAUUCUCAUGACCGGACGUCUCUUCACUACCAGAGAGAUGAAAUGCUUGGAUUCGGAUGAUGCUAAGGUGACAUUUGAAGAGGAGCAGGGAGUGGAUGUGUAUGACGAGUGUCCCUUCUCAUAAAUGACUUGCAGUUUGCUGAACGUGAGACCUCAGACGUCGUGCCUUAAACUCUGCCCAUCGCCAUCUUUAAACAAUCACAGGAAUUACAGCGUAGAACCACAGAAACAGGAACGACAGUGUCAAAACCUUCGCAUAGUCAAGCUUUAUCAGUCUUUUUUCUGGUUUGCCUACACAUGUUAAUUAUUUCCCACUACUGAGUAGAUCAUCAAUACAUUUUUUAAAACUGUUUUACUUAACUUUUUAGAUCGUUAGAAUUUGUAGUUUUUAAUAUUUAGAAAAGCUUUUAGCAAUAAGUGUUUAAUAAGUUUUUUUUGUUUUGUUAUUUAGCUCUAUACAAAAGCUUUGUCCUAUGCAGCGUUUGGAAUUAAAUAUAGUAUUUUGCCUCUAAUGUUUUCUACAUUGACAGUAGUUACAAUAUCAAAAUGUGUCAAGUUUUUUUUUUUUUUUAACUGAAAUUUGUUACAAAUGUCAUAUCUGUAAAUUUCUUAUUCCAGUCCAGUUGCUGAAUGAUUGUUGAUGCAGUUUAUAAGAUCAGGGAUAUUUUAGAAUUUUAGAGUGGCUUUAAAUGGUGAUGAAUGUAAAUUCCGUUUUAUUGUUAUACUUUUUGAUAUUUAACCCUGCAUUGCAAUUCAUUAAACUAUUAAAAUUCUAUUUAAAAGAUAA